AUGGGGAAAAGCACUCAAAGUGUGGAUCAGUGCAAUGGCAGCACGGUGACAGAGUUUAUCCUCGUGGGCUUUGAGCAGAGCUCCCUUUCCACCAGGACAUCGCUCUUUGUCCUCUUCCUAGCCCUCUACAGCCUUGCCAUGGCCAUGAAUGUCCUCAUCAUCUUCAUCACCUGGACAGAUCCCAGGCUCAGCAGUCCUAUGUACUUCUUCCUUGGCCACCUGUCCUUCUUGGACGUCUGCUUCAUCACCACCACCAUCCCGCAGAUGCUGAUCCACCUGGUGGUCAAGAACCACGUUGUCUCUUUUGUGUCUUGCAUGACCCAGAUGUACUUGGUCUUCUUCGUGGGUGUGGCUGAGUGCAUCCUCCUGGCUUUUAUGGCCUAUGAUCGUUAUGUUGCGAUAUGCCACCCUCUUAACUAUGCCCAAAUCAUGAGCCAACAGGUCUGCGUGAGACUAGUGAGUACCGCCUGGUUCUUUGGGCUCAUCAAUGGCAUCUUCCUCGAGUAUGUAUCAUUCCGGAAUCCCUUCUGUAGAGACAACCAUGUAGAAAACUUCUUUUGUGAGGCUCCCAUCGUGAUUGCUCUCUCCCACGGAAACCUCCAGUUCAUCAUGAAGGUCUUCUUUGUUGACGCUAUUGUGGUGCUUCUCAGUCCCAUGGCACUCAUUGUCAUCUCUUAUGCCCGCAUCCUGGCUUCCAUCCUUGGCAGAGCCUCCUCUUCAGGUGGUCGAGGAAAGACUUUCUCCACGUGUGGCUCCCACUUGACUGUGGUCAUAUUUUUCUACACCUCAGCCAUGUUUUCUUACAUGAACCCUCGCAGUACACACGGCCCUGACAAAGACAAACCUUUGUCCCUCCUCUACACAAUCAUCAUCCCUAUGUGUAACCCCAUCAUCUACAGUUUUCGAAACAAAGAAAUGAAGAGGGCCAUGGUGAGGGCCCUUCGUAGGACUCUGUCUGGUCCAGGAAGACUCUGUUUAAAAAUAGUCCUGAAAUGGAAACACCCCUCUGAGCCCUAA